AUGUGGAGAUUUGCAAGAAGGUGGCUUUCUACAUCAAGUAUUCCUAAAAACACCGAAACUGAACAAAUUCUUUCAGGCAGCUUAGGCCAAGACUACGCCAAGGCAAUUGAGUUUGUAAAAGAAUCGAACUUCACACAAGCGGAAGAAAAAUUCAGAUCCACAUUGGAAUCAUUAUCGAAUCAAGGAAUGUUUGGGCAGCCAGUAUAUAAUUUUAUCUUGCAAAGAAUAGCGCUAAUUUUGCGAGCACAGAAGAAGCAAAACGAGUGCGAAAAGACAUUAGAAGAAAUUGUUAUGAACUAUAAAGCUAAGGAAAAAGAAUAUUCACAUCAGCUUGGGACAGCUUGUGAAAACCUUCUCAAGCAGUAUUUGCAGAGCAAUAUAGAUAAAGCCUUAAGAUUUGGGCAGUAUAUUCUUAGAGAAGACAACUGGAAAAUCUUUCACAGGCACACACAAAAAGAUUUGAAGUUUUUGAUUGGAGUAAAACUCAUAUAGACUGCAUUUUUACUCAAAGACGAUUGCCAUAUCGAAGCUAAAGCCCAAUUCUACGAGUGUCUCAAUAUGAACCCAGGGGCAAACACCUGCUUUGUGCUUCACAAUCUUGCAAUAGCUCAAUGGUGGCAUGCUACAAAAUACCAAGAAAAUGAGAUUGGCCAAUUGCAUGGACCUCAACUUUCAGAGUACAAAAAAGCUAUAUUGGAGUUCAAUGAAGCAGCCCCAAACCUGCAAAAAGCGAUUCAGCUGUUUGAGGCUCUUCCUGAAGCUUAUGAUCCACUUGACAAAAAUACUGUUCUGAAAAACAAAUUAUCUGGACCAUCACUUACUGCGCUUACUGAAAUUGGAUUGGAAAGUGAAUUAUAUGAGCCAGAUGUAAGAGAAAUUUAGAAAAUUUUGAAUUCCCUAAAGAAAUUGCUGAAGUUUUAUGAGGACAAUGAUAAAGGAAAUAUUGGAAAAGCGCUAGCGAUAGUAGGCAUGUUUAUGUGUGAAAAUGGAGAAAGGGGGCAAGGGUUAAGCUUGCUCAGAAGCGCCUUGGAAAGCGUCAGAGGAGUAUUUGGUAUUUAGUCCCCCCCCUCCGUGAGUGAACAAAACCAUUAGAAAAAUCGUUAUUUUUUGCCCAAAAACCCACCCUCCGUGAGUGAACAAAAAUUUUUUUUUUAAUAGAAAAAAUUUUUAUUGAAAAAAAUUUAGAUAUAUAAAUGAUAAUUAGUAUAAUGAAAUCUAGAGCUAAUUCUGUUUAAUUUUGAACGAAUUGCUUUUUAAAACAUAAAUGUUAUAAAUUAAAUUAAUAUUUGCUUUCCAAUUUUUGCGAAUUAGGAUUUUUUUUAAAUUUCGAAAAAAAAAUUUUUUUUAUAAAAUUUAUAUAUAAAUUUUUUUUAAAAAAAAAAAAAAAAAAUUAACACCCCUCCGUGAGUGAACAAAAUUUUUUUGUUCACUCACGGAGGGGGGGGGAGUUAGAAAAAAACGAUUAUAACGAAGUCUUUGUGUGCAGCGCUUAUGGAAAUGCCUUAGGAGGAGAAAAACAAGCUAAAUAUUCUGAUUUGGCCAGUAAAAUCAUUGCGGGGCUGCCAUAUUGGGCUGAGAAGUCAGCUUACCUUCACGUUCCAGUUUGGGAAUUUUAA